AUGCUGAAGCAACUCACGUCGUUGGUCUGCAUAUCUCUUGUGGUCUUGAAUGCUUUGGCGCACAACAAUGGACUUGCGCUUACGCCGCAGAUGGGUUGGGACACUUGGAAUUACUACGGAUGUAGCAUCUCAGAGCAGACAAUCCUGGAUGCCGCCCAAGGUUUCAUCAAAUACGAUCUACCAAAGUACGGAUACAACUACGUUGUUAUGGAUGAUUGCUGGCAAGCACCCGCGCGCAAUGCGACUACUGGUGCACCUAUAGCAGAUCCCACGAAGUUCCCAUCAGGUAUGAAGGCGUUAGCAGAUCAGAUACAUUCCAUGGGUCUCAAGUUUGGUAUCUACAGCAGUGCGGGAAUGUACACAUGCGGUGGCCAUUUUGGGUCAUUAGGUUACGAGACGAUCGACGCGCAGACGUACGCGGAGUGGGGAGCUGACUAUCUCAAAUACGACAACUGCUACAAUGAAGGACAGGCAGGAACUCCUAAACUCUCUUAUGAUCGAUACGCCAACAUGUCAUUCGCGCUUAACGCCACCGGUCGCCCGAUUCUGUAUUCGAUGUGUAACUGGGGUGAAGAUGGACCUUGGAACUUCGCACCUACUAUUGCGAACAGCUGGCGUAUAUCUGGCGAUAUCUAUGAUAACUACAAUCGCUUCGACGAGCGUUGUCCAUGUCUGUCUAUGAUCGAUUGCAAGCUUGCUGGAUAUCAUUGCGCAAUGACGCGCAUCAUCGAUUUCGCGGCCCCAGUGGGCCAGAAAGCAGGCACCAACCACUGGAAUGAUCUGGAUAUGCUCGAAGUGGGGAAUGGUGGGAUGACCUAUGAUGAAUAUGUCACGCACUUCUCCAUGUGGAGUAUACUGAAGAGCCCGCUUAUUCUGGGAAACAAUGUCUUGAAUAUGACAAAUGAGACUCUUGAAAUCAUCACAAACGAUGCUAUUAUUGCUGUGAACCAGGACUCCACGGGAUCGGCUGCUGAACGCAUGUGGAAAGUUCCAGUUUUCUCAGGCGGAGAUCUCUCAUCGUGGUCCGGCAGCCUAGUAAAUAACACGUUUGUUAUUGCGCUUUUGAACACUUCGCCGGAAACACAAUAUGUCACUGUGAACUUUACAGACGUCUUCAUCGACCAAGGCCCCUCCUACCAAACAGGCACUUAUGUGAUCUACGAUCUUUGGCAGAAAGACAGCGCAGGUGCCUGGGGAAAGGAUAUUGGUACAUACACCGCUGCCAUCCCGGAUGUAGAGAUCGGCAUGCACCAGGUGCGUAUAUGGAAGGCGGUGCCGGCAUCGACAAAUAGCCGGCGGGAUUUGGCGGAGCUGUAA